AAACACACGCGCACACGCAGAAGUCAGAUGUUUGCUUUUAAGAAUGGCGAGAAAACGCAGUCUGACCGAUUCCGUUCAAGGCUCCGCCCACUCGAGCCGCUCUGGCAUGUGCUCCGCUCGCCUUUCGAACGCUGACCGUUACACGGAAAGAACCCAACCAGAAGCAGCAUGUUGUCUUUGGCCAUGCCUGGCAUAGCCGGAGCCAAACAACUUGUGAGUGGGAGAUGUUCAGCAUACAGCAGGAGCUUCUUCACCCGUUUGCCAGACUGUCAGUUUGUUCCGAGAACCUGCCGCCUCGGUGCUGUCUCCCACCAUUGCAGAUGCAUCAGUACCACAGAUCCUCGUCGGACUCCAGCGUCACCAUCUUCAGCGUCGUCUUCAGCCCAUCAGAAAUCCUACAGUUUCGUUAUCAUUGGGGCGGGAUCAGCAGGCUGCGUUCUCGCCAAUCGUCUCACAGAGGAUGCCCAGGAGUCAGCCUUGUUGUUGGAAGCCGGACCAAAAGACAUGUUGCUCGGCAGCGUACGUCUGUCGUGGAAGAUCCACAUGCCAGCUGCACUGACCUACAACCUUUGUGACGACAAGUACAACUGGUACUACCACACCUUGCCUCAGGCCCACAUGGACAACCGGGUCAUGUACUGGCCGAGGGGGCGAGUCUGGGGCGGUUCGUCUUCGCUCAACGCCAUGGUGUACAUCCGUGGGCACGCUGAAGACUACAACCGCUGGCAGAGGGAAGGAGCCGAGGGCUGGGAUUACAACCACUGCCUGCCUUACUUCAGGAAAGCGCAGUGCCACGAACAGGGAGGCAACAGGUACCGUGGAGGUAGUGGCCCACUACACGUGUCCCGGGGGAAGACUAACCAUCCUCUUCACAAGGCUUUUAUUGAGGCAGGGCAACAGGCGGGAUACCCCUUCACUGAAGACAUGAAUGGAUAUCAACAAGAAGGCUUGGGCUGGAUGGACAUGACCAUUUUUAAAGGAAAGAGGUGGAGCACAGCCAGUGCCUACCUGAGACCAGUUUUGGAUCGACCCAACCUAAAGACAGAGGUGCGCUGCCUGGCCACCAAGAUCCUGUUUGAUGGCCACCGAGCUGUGGGUGUGGAGUAUGUGCAGAGAGGAGAGACAAGACGGGCGUUUGCAGACAAAGAGGUCAUCCUGAGCGGCGGCGCCAUCAACUCGCCGCAACUUCUCAUGCUGUCUGGUGUGGGAAAUGCCGAUGACCUCAAGCAACAUGGCAUUCCUGUGGUCCAACACUUACCAGGUGUGGGCAACAACCUCCAAGAUCAUUUGGAGUUGUAUGUCCAGCAGAAGUGCACUCAGCCCAUCACGCUGUACAAAGCCCAGAAACCUUUCCACAUGGUCAAAAUUGGGCUGGAGUGGCUCUCCGUGUUCACUGGUUACGGAGCAACAGCACACCUGGAGAGCGGAGGCUUUAUUCGCAGUCGGCCACAGGUCCAACAUCCUGACAUACAGUUUCACUUCCUGCCCUCACAGGUCAUUGACCAUGGGCGGGUUGCUUCAAAGGUGGAAGCUUAUCAGGUUCAUGUGGGACCAAUGAGAAGCACGAGCGUUGGCUGGAUGAAGCUGAAGAGCAGCAGCCCUCAGGACCAUCCGAUUCUACAGCCUAACUAUCUUUCCACAGAUGUCGAUGUUUUGGAGUUCAGAGAAUGUGUCAAACUCUCCCGUGAGAUUUUUGCCCAAAAGGCAUUCGACCCGUUCCGGGGGGCAGAAGUCCAGCCCGGUCCUCAGAUCCAGUCCGACGCCGACAUCGAUGCCUUUGUGCGACGCAAGGCUGACAGUGCAUAUCACCCGUCAUGCACGUGCAAGAUGGGUUCGCCCUCCGACCCGAUGGCGGUUGUCGACUCCGAGACCCGCGUAUUUGGUGUUGAGGGCCUCCGUGUGGUCGACGCAUCCAUCAUGCCGAGCAUCGUUAGCGGCAACUUAAACGCUCCCACCAUCAUGAUCGCAGAGAAGGCCGCCGACCUCAUUAGAGGUCUCCCGCCGCUCGUUGACCCGCAAGUUCCAGUGUACCGACCGCCGACGCUAGACACUCAAAGAUAAGGUCAGAACAAGGUCCCUAUGGUAACUAAACGGCCUUUUUGAAGUAAAUGCCACUUGAGCAGAAGAAACCUUUUACAUCAUACUCUCUGGGACUGAGCCAUACCAUAUUGAUUCUAAUUAGAAUCCCACUAAUUGAAUCAGAAUCAAAUCGUUCCACUUUAAAUUGAAUGAACCGUCGAAUCAUAUCACACCUCGUAAAUCGAGAUAUGUAUUGAAUCGCCUUUAAUUGGAGAGAUACGAGUUAUAACUAGUAACUAAAAAAAGGUUACAAAGUCAGUCACAGACCUCAUGCAGGCAACCAUUCAGCCUUUGAUGCUAAGCCUGAAUCGAGAGGUCCACAUCACCAAUUUGUGUCAAAAUAGCAAUUGUCCGUUGCUUCACACCAUUAUUUUCCUUUUCCAUCGUCCCGGUUCCAUACCCCAAACCAGCCUGGUUCCGCCCGAUGUGGUUGCUAUUCCCAGACACUUUUUUUGAGGCUGGGUGGUAACAAUGGCACCAUUUUCCAGAACAUGUUCAUGUUCCAACCUCGGUCGAGAAUGCAAGUCGAGGAUGUCACUGUCAUCUGAUUGGCUGACAGAUGUUGGCGUUUCUAUGAGUGAUGCAGCAGAAACUGCGCUUGUCCAUUUCCUGGUUUUAAGUGAGCAAGACACAGCCGCCUGCCAGGCGCCAAGUCAGGACUACAGUAUAAAUAGUUAACACGCGCUUUACAACAAUACAGAACCAUAUUUACAAUUUCUUAUGUACCGGUGAAUGUAAUAGCAAAGCCUGUGAUAAAAAUGUACACAAAUUGGUUUGGGGUUGAAACCUUAGCAUAGGAUCCUCCCGUGUGGAAUUUGCAUGUGCGUACUUCUCGUGCUUGUGUGGUUUAAAAUUUUAAGUUUCUAAAUUAUCCACUGCUAUGAGUAUGUUUUUUUUUUUAAUCUACCGCUAUAUGUGCCUUUGAUUGCCCAAAAGUCAGCUUUGAGUGUCUUCAUCUUACGCAUGACUCUCAGGUGGACAAAUGAAAAUAAAUACAUGGAUUGAAAUGUC